UGAACAGGUUCGUUAUACAGUCGAAAAAUUGGUGCGGUCCAAGAGCGCCGGGAAAAUCGUUGAUGGAUUUAUAAUUCCGACACUUUCUCAUAAUAGGUUCAAUAUAUUAAUUAUUUAUUGAAAAUUGAAUCAGCAACAUUAAAUUGACAAUAUCUAAUUAUGACUAGGGCAAAAAUUGAGCUGGGGGACGUAACACCGCACAAUAUAAAACAAUUGAAGCUCCUCAAUCAAGUCGUAUUCCCCGUCUCCUACAAUGAAAAAUUUUACAAGGAUGUGUUGGAAGCUGGGGAAUUAGCCAAGCUGGCCUACUACAAUGACAUUGUGGUUGGCGCUGUUUGCUGUCGUGUAGACACCUCUGAGAAUGCACGUCGAUUAUACAUAAUGACUUUAGGUUGUUUGUCGCCAUACAGAAGACUUGGUAUCGGUACUGUGAUGGUCCAACACGUAUUAAAUUAUGUUAAAAAAGAUGAAAACUUCAACUCCAUAUUUUUACACGUUCAAGUCAACAAUGAGGGGGCUAUUGACUUUUAUAAAAAGUUUGGCUUCGAAAUUGUAGCAACGAAGCAGCAAUAUUACAAGAGAAUUGAACCUGCAGACGCACAUGUGCUACAAAAAACAGUGCAUCUACAAUCUGACACAAACCGACAAACAUCCAGUCAGUAAAUGAAGGAAAUUACAUUCUAGCAUUUCUCUCUCUUCCUUCAUUGUUUUUUAAUUCAAUUCCCAUUUUUCAUCUUCAUUUUCUUCCGUUUUACUUUGACCAUAUCAAUUCAUUGCUGUACAAAAUGUCAAUAAAAUUUUCUUGUAUUUCUACAUUGA